AUGAUAAUUGAUGCUUCAGAUGCCGAUAUGCAAAGAGAAUUUGCUAAUUGGCUACUAAAACUUGGCGAGGGAUGCAUUCCUGAAGUUACAUAUAAUAACGGUUAUAUUUCCUUACCUUCGGACAUUGUACUUAAAUGUAAUACAUAUCAAGGACUAAUUGAUUUUGUAUACCCAAAUCUGCAUGCACAAGCUCAAGAUAUGACAUAUUUAAUUGAGAGAGGAAUUCUUGCUUCACGAAAUAAUGAGGUUGACAUGUUAAAUGCAGAAGUGCUUGCUCGAUUUCCUGGAGAAGAGAUAACUUACUAUAGUGAGGAUACCUUAGAUCAGAACUCUGAAACAUAUGAUCCUGCUCAGGAAGAUCUUUAUUCG